AUGCGCAGAUUCACAGAACUCAUAUCAGAUAUAGGAGGAAACCCCUCCAUUGGUCGGUCCGGUCCAGACACACUAUUCGGGGGUAGUCAAGCCCCGCGAGUUACGCUUCAGAGAUUUUCUGGUCCCGGCUUCACCGGUGGUGUCAGUAGUGUUACCUUUACGUCCAGUUCCGCACGAGCUCGGCCCGAUCCUAGCCAUGGUCCCGGAUUAGGCCCUGAAGAUCCGUUUCAAAGAGUCUUUGGGAAUAUAAUGGGAGACCUAGGUCCUCCACCCAUGGGUCGCGACUCUCCAAAUGGUUCAAAUCAAACUGGUCGGGAGGGCAAUCUACGCCAGCCAGCAGAUUUUUCGCUAGCUCUAAGCCAACUAAUAGCGAGCCUCAUAAAUCCUCACACAGCUCACGGCGAUGCGGUUUAUUCUCAGGAGGCACUGGACCGCAUCAUCACGAGUCUCAUGGAGGCAAAUCCGCAGUCAAAUGCGCCAGCACCUGCUUCGGAGGAGGCUAUUGCAAAUCUACCAAAGAAGAAGUUAGACGAGGAGAUGCUAGGGCCUGAAUUGAAAGGCGAAUGCACUAUAUGUAUCGACGAGGUGAAAGUGGGGGACGAAGCUGUUGUGCUACCCUGUAAGCACUGGUUUCACGAACAGUGCGCCGUCUUAUGGUUAAAACAACACAACACGUGUCCUAUCUGCCGUGCGUCUAUCGACGGCGAGGCUGCUGGCCGUCCCGUUAAUGCAGCCUCAGAUGCACAGCCUGGCUCGUCUGGUACUUCGUCUCAGCACCGUAGACGGGAUGAUGCUCCGCCAAUAAACGAGACUCUAACUCGCCCCCGACACACACUGGAACAGCCCCGGCCAGGGUUAGAAGCCCUUCCCCUUCCAGCCGUCGCUCGGCGCAAAGCGAUAGGGCACGUGAUGGAAGAGGUUCUAUCGGCGGCCCAUUUCAUUGGAUUAGAGAUCAAUUCAGAGGAGACAGACGCUAGUCAAUAUAUACUUGCUCGAUCCUUUCAGCCUUUCGGAGUCUUUUACUGCGUUCGGAAUUAA